AUGCCCCCAAAACUUGCGGAUUUUUACGUGUCGUGUGCGAAUCACCCUUUGGAGCAUGGAUGGGGACUGCAGCUGCUCCUUGCUGGACUCGGUGCUACUUCCUGCCUCCUGCAUGCAGCUUCCUGGUCAAUCCACCCAAUCGUCGUCAAGGAAGGAACAGGCCGCAUGCUUUCCCCUCGCCCCCCAAACAAAAGCAUGCGUCGCGGGGAAGGCACGACGCACGGCUUUGUUCAAAAACGGGUGGACCUUGCCUCGUUGCAGCGUCCGUAUUCGCAAUCACAUCUGUCGGUUCUGCGAAUCGUAGGAAAGAGCGACCGGACGUCCUUGCUGUUGGGCGCGUCAUCCUUCUGCCAAUGGUCCCGCUUCAUGCCGGCAAGACAGGUGGGUAAUUUCGGCUCGUCAUGUGCUCACCUCGCUGACCUUUUGCACUUUCAAUACUAUUAA